GUCAUAGAUAAUAGAUCAGGUUAAUCUUUGUCUUCCCUCGGAAUGUCGUUCACUGUUGCAUUGGGGGCCUUCCUUGUACUUGCAAGUGUAACACUUGUGACCGAAGGUGUGUGUCCAAAUGGUUGGACGAAGUAUGACGAUUCUUGUUACUCCGUGUUUACCAACAAGAAUUCCUGGCAUGAAGCACAGCAAUUUUGCACAGAGUUUGGUUCUCAUCUCGCAACACUGGAUACCAAGGCCAAAAAUACCAACGCCAGAGACUUUCUACACUACCUAAGAGUCAACGAGAGCGUGUGGAUUGGGGUUAACGAUCGACACAAGGAAGGAGCGUGGAUCUGGGACAGCAACCAGAAGCCGGUAACCUACACAGCGUGGGCAUCUGGAGAACCUAACCAAUCAGAUGGUCAUCAAGAAGACUGUGUUAUCAUGUAUUCCAGUCGUUCAUUUAAAUGGGCUGACUUGGCGUGUUCUAACAAACGCCUCUACCUUUGUGAAAGACCGUCUGUCCCCGAACACUGAUUGGAUGUUCGCGUUCAUAAAGUGUGUUAUGAAGGCAUAUGUCAUCAUGUCCAUAGCCGAAAGAGUAUUAAAUCAUUCAGAAUU